AAGGAAAAGGAAAUAGUCUUACACAAUUGAAUGAUCCUCAAGGAGUCGUUGUCGAUCAAUUGGGUACUGUCUAUGUGACUGAUUCUGGGAAUCAUCGAAUCAUGCGUUGGCCAAAAGGAGCCACACAGGGAAGUGUGAUUGUUGGUGGAAACGGUUCAGGAGCACAGUCGAAUCGACUCAAUGGUCCCGUUGGUUUAUCAUUCGAUCGACAUGGUAAUCUCUAUGUCGUCGAUCACGGAAAUCAUCGAGUACAAAAAUUUAAUAUCGAGUGA